AUGCUGUUGCUAGCUACAAAAAUGGAAGCCAAAGUUGGAGUCAAAAAUUUGCUACAAGUUGAAGAAAUGCUAUAUGAUAAAUAUACUGUAGGAUUUGGUUGCAGUGAUCUGAGUUUGAGUCUGAAUAGUAAUAAUAAUAAUAACUCAGAAGAGCUUCAUCAGAAUCAAGAGCAGUCUCUCCCCUUACUCAAAUUAGGGUGGCUGGAAACUAAGGUGGAGGAGGUGAAGAAGGAGAAUCAGAUAUUAAGAUCUAUGUUAAAUCAAGUAACUCAGCACUAUGCACUUCUUCACACUCAAUACUUAACCCUGAUGCAGCAACAUAAGCAACGAUCUUCUACAGCGCCUAAUAAAAUCAAUACACAAAUAUUAGAGGAGGAUCAAUCAUCUGAGUUAGCUUCUUGCAGAAGAAAAGGUAGAGUGUCGAUUAGGGCACCGUCAAAUUUCUCAUUGAUGAGUGAUGGGUGUAGAUGGAGAAAGUAUGGACAAAAGACAUCAAAGGUUAAUCCAUGUCCCCGGGCUUACUAUCGUUGCAACAUGGGAGAAACGACACCAUGUCCGGUUCGUAAGCAGGUUCAAAGAUGUGCCGUUGAUGAGACAGUUUUCAUCGCAACAUAUGAAGGAAACCAUAAUCAUUCACUUCCACCAGAAGCCAGGUUGACAGCAAACACAACAUCAGCAGCACUAAGCAUGUUUCUUUCCGGUUCAACCACCAGUUUACAUGGCAACACACUCUCAAAUCCAUGCCUUUUCUCUCCAUCAUCAACAUCAUCAUCAUCAUCAUCAUCAUCAUCAUCAUCACCAUCUAGUAUUUCUUCUACCUCCAUUGGCUUAUCUACUUUCUAUUCAUAUGCAUCAUCAUGUCCCACUAUAACAUUGGACUUAACGCAACCCUCAACCGAUUUCUUCAAAUCCCAAACGCCAAUUUCUCCAAACCAGCACUACACUCAACAAUCUCAAGAGGGUUUGUGUUUGUCUUCUAAGCUUUCAAAUGCAAUGAUACCAUCAGAGAAAAACGUUCCAUUGAUGGAUGAUGUGAUUGCAGCUAUAAUAAAGGAUCCUUCUAUUAAGGCAGCAUUAGAUGCAGCUGUUGCUUCACUCACUGGAGUAGUGUUGCAUCAGUGA